AUGGCGGACUCAUCCUCUCAGUGGUUCGACGCCGUCCAUAACAGAGACUACGAGCUUAUUCGGGACCUGAUCGGUCAUUGUGCCUGUACUAGAAACAUACACGGUCAGACAGCCUUGAUGGUGGCAGCCAUUGCAGACGAUGAAAAGAUAGUGAAUCUUCUUCUCCCUCACGAGGCAGGCCAGCUGGACCCACAGAACCGUACUGCACUAAUGCUUGCUACGCUAGCAAGUAGUCCGGGAUCGGCACAGCUCUUAGCACAGAAGGAGAAAGGUAUCCUCUUGCCAGACGGCCGAAAUGCCAUGAUGAUGGCGGCAGGCUACGGGGCGCAUGCCGUGGUGUUAGCAUUAUUACCAUUCUUUAGUUAUGAAACAGACAGAGAAGGCAACACAGCUCUUGACCAUGCAGCCAUCGGGGGGCAUCUCGAGGUAGUGAAAAUUCUCGUCCAGCACCUAGACUUCUCUGUAAAAGACAUUUCUAGAGCCCGCAAACAUGCUUCCAAGAAUUCAUUCACUCAUGUGGAAGACUUUCUUACAUUAGCUCUUGAUGAAAGGUACGGAGCCAAGAACACAGUAACCACCAUGACCCCGUACACACCAGGCCGCAGCCAAAGCCUUAACCGUGGUUUCUCAUCAGAAUAUCGAAGCACUCAAAGCCAUUCUCAUCAAGCAUCUAGUUCCUAUCGCUCUCCUCUCACCACCUUUAACAAAGUGAAUGCACCGUGCUUCAACACAGCUGAUGUAUCCUCGACUUAUUCUCUUCAGGAGCUUAUUCAGGAACGUGAAGAUCAAAUCAUUCGACAAAACGAGCUGAUUGAUCAGUUAACCUCAAAGAUUAGUCAGAAAGACGCAGAGAUCGCACAUUGGCAAGAUAUUAUGUCAAAAGUUAAUGCCUCUGCUGCCCAGUACGAGCUCGAGGAGGAAGAAGCUGCAACGUGCAAUCCGGAGGAGGACGUUAAUGUUCUUAAGGCUACCAUAGAAGUGAAGAACACAAAUAUUCAGAGAUUACAGAGUAAGUUAGAUGAGGAAGCAUUUCAACACAGACUUAUGAGAGCUGAGCACGUGGAGCUCCAGGAUAAGCACGAGCGCCUUAUUAUGCGAAUACGAAAGCUACAAGAUGAACUCUUUCAGCGAGAUUCCAGUGGUAUCAAUAUAGGUAAUGUCUUGUAUUUGCAAGAAAAGAUAGAUCAACUCGAGAGCGAGCUUGCUGAUGCAAGGUUUAUUUUGGGAAACAUAGUCGACGAAAACAAGUUUUUGGCGGAAGACGCCCAUUUGCAGGGAAAUGAGACCGUAGAAGAUAUUUUGAGACUGGAAGUGAAGCUCUUGAAGCAUAAGUACAUUCAGCAGCACCUUAAGCAUGGAGCUGCCAUCAAAAAGGUACAAGACAUGUGUGAGAGGCUGCAUGGAAAGUUUAACGAGAAAGAACGAGAAGUACAAAAAGAGAGGACUGCACUACGUAACGAAAAGAUGUCUAACGACCGCACCAUGCUGUUAAAUGAAAUUGAUGAAAAGGAUGCAAAGAUCAGGAGACUUGAGGCAUCUCUUGCAACGGCACGCCAGUGCUCAUCAUCGAUGGCGGAUACCCUCUCAAGUGGUGGGGAUCUAAGCACCCUCCUGGCAGAAAUAGAUCGUCUUAAGCAGACCAUAACGGCAAAGGAUGAGCAGAUGCUUUCUUUGUUGAAGCAACUAGAGGAUAGAAACAAUCUCCAAAUAGUCACAGAGGUAUUUGAUAUUGAUAAGAAUCAACAAGAUGAAGUUCUUAUUACGCAAUUAAAGGAAGACCUAAACAGUGCACGGGCCACUAUAGCGCAGUUACGAGCGGAUGCUCAUAAGAAUAAGGUGCACAAUAGUAGUAUGCAGCUAACCGAGACAACUCGUCAUAUUGCGUACACUCCAAAGCAGUCUUCAUCUCCUCAGUAUUCUCCGGUCCGUCUGGCACAACAGGAGUCCAAAGGAAUCUCACCUCAAAGAUCGGGCAAAACUCACCAAGAACUGAUGGCACUAUUAGUCGAAAAAGACCAAAGAAUCGCUGAACUGCAGAAGGAGCUUGAAGAUCGCACGAUCGAACUUACUAGCGAAAGAGAAAAUACAUAUGUACAGGCAACUACUAUAGCUCGAAAGCUCUCUGAUGCCACAGACAGUCCCAAGGACACGAUACAAGUUUCUCACUCGGACCUUAUUAGUUUCAAGAACCUUAUAUAUACUCAGCAGCAACAGCUAUCAACCAAGGAAGCUGAAAUUGUGACACUUAAGAACGCUAACCGACGUCUUCUCAAUGAGCUUUCUCAUGAACGUGCAGAAGCUCUGUCGCGCAUAAAGACGAAAGUCUCCGCUCUUGAAUUCGAAAACAGAGACUUGCAACAUGAUGUAUCUUUAGCUCGAGACACAGCAAGCAGUUGCAUGCGUGAGCUGCAGAGAAACACUAAGCAGCCGUCAUCCAUCAAUCCGGACUAUGCGCUAUCUCCUAGUCUGCCGUUUCAUCUGACAAGUCCUACUCAGAUGAUGAGCCAUUUGAAGGAGGACAGUGCACCUGCUGAAAGUGUGAAAAGCAUGACUCCCUAUGCACCGGUCUCCAUGCCAACGGGCCUCACAGCAUCAGAAGUACCAAUAUGCUCUGACGAUGCGCCAUCAUAUGGAACACCUGGCUCUGAUGACAUCUUGGGUAUGUCGCGCUGGUCAAGUGAUUCAUUACCCGUUCAUACCACAAAGCCAGCAAAUGCUCUAGGAGUUAUUACAACGACAGCAGGAAUUAACGGGGGCUCGAGCGGAAAGAUGUAA